UAUAUAUUCUUACAACACUUAUUAUUCUAAUAAUCAUAUACUAUCCAUAUAUUACCCAAUUAAUACUUAUAUUAUUAUAUUCUCUAACGUUCAUAACUUUCGAACCACUAUUUUACUUAUAUUAAUUAUUAAGACCAUAUAAAAUGUUAUAUUCUUUAAGGUUACAAUUGUUCGAAAUCAUAAUGAUAAUAGUUGAUCACUAAAUUUACAUUGAGUAUCGAAUUAUUCAAUUAAAUUAAUUAUAUACCUUAUAGUCGACACCUAAAUUUAAUAUUGUAAAGGAAUUGCAUCAAUAAUCGUUCAUUUUAUUAUAGAAAUUCUUUAAAUUAACCCCGAUAACCAAGCAUGCUAGCACGACGGCGCACGUUAUGCUCGGCAUGUCAUGCGCACACUAUGCUGUCACUAUGUCACAUUUUAUUGAUAAAGCAGACAAUGCUAGCACGAUGUUGGCACAAAAAGUAUUACAGUCAAAAAGUGAGGUUAGUUUAUUUAAUUGGCGUUCUGCGAACAUAAUGCAAGCAUUACGAGCUGUCGUGCAGAGCAAACAGUUCAAGAUUCAAUGCGUCUUAUCAAAUAUUUGAAAUGAAUAAAAAAAAUUAUCGUCUUGUAGGUACUCUUAGUUCAAAAGAGAGUAUGCAAAAUUUAAUUACUGAUUUAAAAAAUGCGAAAAGUUUAUUGCCAUCUCAGACUACAUCUGAAAAUUCCCAAUCUCUAAUUCAGUCAACAUCUCAUAUAAAAAAAAAACCUUUAACUGAAAUAAAUAAAACGAUUAAUUAUGCAAAUACACAUGUUACUUUUAAUACAUCAAUACCAUCGAUUAAAACUUCAAAAAACCAAUCACCAGAGAUCUAUGUAACAUCAACACCUCACAAGAAACGUACGACAAACAAAAAUACUUUCCAGUUACAAGAAUCAUACAACUCAGAAAAUCAAAUUUCCGUCCCGAAGAAUACUUUUCAAAUAAAAUCUUUAAGGAUAAAUAAUUCACAAAUCUGUGAUUCUUUGAAUAAAAGCAUCGCUGAACAAACGCAUAUUGUACAUGUUGUUCAAGAUUUAUUUAAAAAACUAAACGAACGUUUGGAUAUAAUAGAAAAAAAAGAAAGGUAUAAUUUUAUUAAAAAUUAUUCUCUCAAGUAUGUCUUAAAAAUUAUUUUUGAUACUACAUUUUCUUAUUUUUAUAUUGGCAGUGAAAACCAUGCGAUGCUGUUGCGACUAACAAAAAUAAAAAAUCGAAGAGUUAAAUCGAUUCCAAAAUGUCUUCCUUUUAAAUCAAUACAAAAUUUAAUACUAUUUGACAACGCAAGUGAUGAUAUAUAUAACGAAGUUGUGGAUUCAAUCCUAUAUUGUGCUGCAAUAUAUUUUAAAUGUGCUUUUGAAAAAGUUGAAAAGACUACAUUGGAAGUGACUUGGCAUGGUACAAAAGAUUUGAAAGCUUUAAAAACUACUCGCUUUGCACAUGCUUGUGAAGACGCCAUUAGUAAUAAUUUAAACUUUCCUAAACCACGACGUGAUGAAUUUGAGGAUGCAAUGAUAAAAGCUUUAAAAAGUACAAAGGAGCGUUUCCGCCGUCAACAAAAACGACCAAGUUUAGAAAAUGAUGAAUACGAAGAACCUUUUUUAAGAAGAGCAAGAAUCCCAAACAAGAGACAAACAGGAAAUACAAGAAAUACUAUUAAUUUCGAUGAUGCUCGACAGCAAAUAGAUGCUCAAGAUAAUACGAAUCUGUCAAAUAUAAGUGAACAGUCGGAUAUAACUGAACAGUCGGACGUAACUAAACAGUCGGAUAUAACUGAACAGUCGGAUGUAAUUGAACAGUCACUGGAUUACAAUCCAACAAUUUAUAACGAUGAAGAAUUUCAAUUAUAUUAAAUACUUUAUAUUAUCUUUAUUUUGAUAAAACUUAUACAUAUUCUUACGUUUGUAACCUGUAAUCUAAUAUUUUAUCUAUAUUAGGCACAAUACUCCAAAAUAUUAGAUUACAGGUUACAAAACGUAAGAAUAUGUAUAAGUUUUAUCAAAAUAAAGAUAAUAAAUAAAGAUAAUGUUCACUUAUAUUUGACAGAUUCGUUUGCAAUACACACAUACAUUAAUAUUUAUAAAGUUUAUCUACAUUAUUAAA